GAUCAUCGCUCAGUGUGCCACUUUGGCAUCGCCUGACGUGCAUGUGGCCUGGACCCAAGACAAGCGGCUCUACUUGAUCAACAAGUCCGAAUCCAACAAGGACGUUUCGGGCGAGCUUUUUGGCUACAACAUCGGCCAAUGGCAGCAGAAGCCCAAAGGCCUGGUUCAGGCUGCGACGAAGGAGGCCAUCCCGUGGCUGCUCGAGACCGAUACGAAGCUGCUGGUAUGCGUAGAUAAAUCGGCGACCCCUCCCAGGAAACAGCUCCGAUGCCUAGCAGAGAUAGCACAUGAUCUUUGCAGCCGCCACGGACUUACGGAGAUGAGUGUUGUCGAUCACGACGUGGCAGCUCUCUUGAAUCAGGACUGA